AUGCUUUCCUUACUGGGCAGGUCUGCUCUUCAAUUCCAUCCAUCAUUUUUUAUCUCGGCUGCACUUGCUGUUGCCACUGCUGGUCGCGCACACUACUCGUCAACAACUGACCCCGAAUGGACACCCACGCGCCAGUAUGCAAACAAGGGUAAUGAAGAACGAGCUCGCCGUCUUGCCACCGACCCUGAGUAUCGCAAAAGAAUAUCGGCCAAGCGGAGAGUCUAUUUUGAGAGGAACAAAGCGGCAGUGUAUGUCCGCCACCGAGAAUAUAUAGCACAGAACAGCGAUAAGAUCCGAGCUGGCGUGGUUGCGCAGAGGGCGUCCCGCGACUUUGAGAAGCUCUACUACGCCCCAAAAAGAGCACGCUGGGCUUCUGAUGAUGCUCUCAGGCAACGUGAAAGCUUGAGACUCUGGGUUCGCAAAUCAUGGGCCGCUCAAGACAUGGUGGCAGGACAAGAAGACGGAUGA